CGAAUACGCCCCUGAUGAUGUAUGGAGCCUCGGCUGAAUUUCUCCUUGAUACGUCACAACGGACGAGCGGCAGACGCGGUCCAUAGGUGAUGCGCAGCAGUCAUGUCCUUAGCUUUCAGACCUCAUAUAGCUUUGACUCCGCUAAUCUUACUGCAGGGCUACGGCGUACCCGUAGAAGGCAUCGCAAACAUUAUAGAGCAUCGAGCGAGCCAAGUGCUACUUCAGUGGUGUUCAGCUUCGAAACGCGGUGUGCUUACAUGCACUAACACGCACACAACGGGCACUAAGUACCAAUUCGGCAAAUGCAACGACUUUAAAUGCCCUUAACGAUGCGGUCGCCUUGGCUCAGCAUAGCCACCCAGCCACUGAUGGCGGUUAUAUCCUUCGUUCACCUCACUGCAGCUUCGGUAGGACAACGGUACUUGAGAUCUUGAGACGCAGCCGUUUACCAAGGCACAUCUCAAUUCGAUUGAGAAGGGAGACAGAAGGGUGGUCUGUACGCUUUCUGGCUUGACACCCCUUGAAAACAGCUGUGAUGAGAUCAGCAUGCUCUACAGCUCACCUUUCUGACUACGUUCAAGGCUCGGUCUUACGAACUUUGACAAGAAACGUCAGCCACGCCAAGCAAGCUUAAGGCUGUGGUCUACCAGCAUCGUUCGGUACAUGUCAGGAACCAGCACUCGCAUACCGAUUAUUAGCGGUAACUCAUAUGAGCUUUCAGCUAUGAUGACAUUCGUGACUGUUGGUGGAUGACUCGUGGCGCAAUGGUAUUCUCGAUAACGCAGACCGCCAGCAAACCC